UGCGGUGUCUCGGGGUCGCCGCUGAAGGGGAGGAAGCGGCCUGGGCUGGGCGGCGGGCGCCUCGCGGUGGACGCUGAGGUUGCGGAAGUGCUCUGGUUAUUGAAGCGCUCCGCUUGGGCAAUGAUCUAAUCAUGUCGGAUAAAGAUGAUAUUGAGACUGAAGUGAUAACUGAAGCAACCUCCAUCCUUGAAGAUGAGAACUGUGAGCCAGCCAAGAAUUUUGAGUCAGUUGACCAAAGUGCCAAGUCAGAGAGUAAAUCAGAACCUGUAGCUUCUACUCGGAAAAGACCAGAGUCCAAACCUUCCAGUGACCUUGAGACUUCAGAUGUUCUCCCUGUUCAGACAUCACAGGCUGCAGGCAAAGAGACUGUUUCCAAAGAUGUACCCCAGACCGGAUGGGGCUAUUGGGGAAGUUGGGGCAAGUCCUUGCUCUCCUCAGCCUCAGCUACAGUAGCCACAGUAGGACAAGGUAUUUCAAAUGUCAUUGAGAAGGCAGAGACUUCCCUUGGAAUCCCUAGUCCCAGUGAAAUUUCAUUUGAAGUCCAGUAUGCAACAGGAGAGACAAAUGCCAAAGAGAAUGAAAACUCCUCUCCAAUGAGUGGGCCAUUUGGGGUAUUCUCUACCAUCUCUACUGCUGUUCAGAGCACAGGAAAGAGUGUUAUCAGUGGGGGUUUGGAUGCCUUAGAAUUCAUUGGGAAAAAGACAAUGGAUGUAAUAGCAGAAGGGGAUCCUGGAUUUAAAAGAACCAAGGGUCUGAUGAACCGGACUUCCACACUGUCUCAGGUUUUACGAGAGGCCAAGGAGAAAGAAGAGCUAUGGAACGCCAAUGAGGUUACCAUGGAAACGGACAAGAAAACUCAUUAUGGGCUACUCUUUGAUGAAUUUCAAGGCCUUUCACAUCUAGAAGCUCUGGAGAUGCUCUCCCGAGAAAGUGAAAUAAAGGUGAAAUCUAUUCUUAAUUCUCUAAGUGGAGAAGAAUUAGAGACUCUAAAAUUUGAAUUGGAGCAACUCAAAGAAGCAUUUUCCCUAGCAGAGUUCUGUGAGGAAGAGGAGGAAGAGAAGAAAGGGGAUGAAGACUUUACCAAAGAGAUAACAGAGCUAUUUUCCCAGCUGCAUGUCUCCUCCAAAUCGGAGAAACUUACUAGGGCAAGAAAUACAGCCUGUGAAUGGAUCAGGACAUCUCUGGCCAAACCAUUAGAAGAGAAGGAAGAAGGAAAAAAACAGUUGGAAGCAGAAAAAAUUGAGCAAAUCAAUAACAAUUCAAUAGAGGAUAUCCAUGCAUUUGCAAUCAGGAGCCUAGCAGAACUGACUGCCUGCUCAAUUGAACUGUUUCACAAAACAGCGGCUCUGGUUCUGCAUGGCAGGAAGCAGGAAGUAACAGCCAUGGAAAGGAGCAGAACCCUUUCCCAGAUGACAGUUGUGUUGUGUAAAGAGUUGUCCUCUCUGUCUAAAGAGUUCACCACCUGCUUAACAACUGCUGGGGUCAAGGAAAAGGCAGACGUCCUUAAUCCGUUAAUCACUGCAGUAUUUCUAGAGGCAUCAAACAGUGCUUCCUACAUUCAGGAUGCCUUUCAGCUACUUUUACCUGUGCUGGAGAUCUCUCUUAUUGAGAACAAGACUGAAUUACCAGAGGCAUGAGCUACAGGUCCAGAGGCUUUUGUCAGGACACUGAAGAACAGAGAAGAUUCUACCUGAGACUUGUGUUGGCCAAGAAAUGCCACUCUUUUCUGGGUACCCCUGGAGAAGUGAGGGAGAAAGGUUAUUUUAGUAUAUAAAAUCCAGGCAGGAGAGCAGGUUUAAGGAGGUUUGUUGCCUUCAGUGCUUGGCUGAAGUAUUCAGGUCCUCACACUGCUCUUCCCAGUUGUUAUAAUUAAUAAAUUAUUUGAAAAGAAAUUUUAUAGAAAGUUAAAAAAUAAUAGCUCAUAAGGUUAAGGGGACACUCAGGCAAAAAUAUUAGUCUUUCUUUGACAAGAUGCAAAACACUAAAAAUUUUGCAGUGGCUGUAAUUUUGCAGUCCAUGGAUGUAAUUGGUUGUUAAGCAAGAGGAAAAGGAAUUCAAUAUUCUGUAAUUCAUGUGCUUGAUCUAUUAAUGCCAUUUUCUUUCUCCUCUCUAUAAUAAAAUCUAUGGCUUUAAGGAAACCGAGUAUAUAUAAACUCUUUAAUGAUUACCCUUUAUUAUGUGAAUUCUUGGAAUUGGUUAGAAAGUUUCAUCUCCUCUUUAAUUCUCAGUAGAUAUUUGGCAUUGAGGGGAAGCUUAUAGAAUAUACUUAGAGCCACAUGAGUGAACUAUAGCAAAGUGCCCUUUGGCUUCAAAUUGCUUUCCCACCACAAGAUGACAAGCUUCAAGUUGUAAUUGACCCCUCUUUACGGAAUUCACGACCAAUAAAUGCAAUUUAGAGAAACAGUUUCAUGUUUGCUGAUAUUCUGAGUCUCCAGGAUGUUUUUCAUGCAUACCCUAUAUACAGGAUAAAUUCUGUAAUAGCCAACUCCAAAGGAGUGUUGAAGCUCUUUCAAUGAUGGGGAUUUUGUUGUUUGAAUAUUGUUGAAGUGGACUGUAGAGUCCCAUAGAAACGAUGUUCAUGUAUAACAGGAUUAAGACAGUUUAUUUUUCCUCAUUCUUUUUUGUUUCUUUUAAUGUAUUCUUUAGCAUGUUUAUAAAUACAACUUUUAUCUUUCAUAUCUUAAGCCUUCUUUUGCUUUCUUCAACAAUCUAAAAGACUUAUAGGUUAUCUUCUUCCUGAAAGCUAUUUUGGUAUCCACUCUUUUAAAAAAAAGUUCUCCAACUUUGUGGUUUUUAAUGAUUCAGGUAACUUUUGUGAGCUC